AGUCAUCUGAGGUGAGGGAUAGAGAACAUGCAUAGAGAUUAUGGAGACAGGAAACUUCCCAAGCUGUACUCAGACUUCACCCACUCAGAAGACUGGAACCCAGACCAGCAACACAUGAACAAGUGCUUUACGAGAUAUGUGCUGCUAUGAAUCAAGGUCUGGAGAGGCUGUCCAUUUUUUUCCUCUGUUCAAGGAGAGGAGUCUCCUCUGAAAUCAAAACUCACCUAACUAAAAAGAAACGACAUUUUACUUCAUGGAACAAAUAUCAUGUAGAAAGCAUUAGCUAUUAGCCUUUCUCAAGUUGCACUCAAGACUUAAAGACCAUCUGAGCUCUUGUCAAGAAAAUAAAAAUUUAAGUCCCGAGCGUGGCAGCGUCCCGGUCACCGGAAGAAGCCGUGUGACGUCACGAGGGCCUACGCGUCGCGCGGGGGGCAGGAGUUGACGGACGGUCUCUGGCUACGUUUGGGCGGCCCUGGGACCACGGAAGAGGCUCUCUUGGGCGGCCGCGAUGCCUAGCUCGCGGCGGGUCAGUCAGCUUCUGGAUCUAUGCCUGUGGUGCUUCAUGAAGAACAUUUCCAGAUAUAUCACAGACAUUAAGCCUCUGCCUCCAAACAUAAAAGAUAGACUGAUUAAAAUAAUGAGUAUCCAGGGGCAGAUAACAGAUUCAAAUAUAAGUGAGAUUUUACACCCUGAAGUCCAAACUCUAGAUUUGCGAAGCUGUGAUAUUUCAGAUACUGCUCUCCUGCACCUGUGUAACUGCAGAAAACUAAAGAAAUUAAAUUUAAGUUCCUCAAAAGAAAACAGGAUUUCCAUAACUUCAAAAGGAAUAAAAGCUGUGGCUUCCUCUUGUUCAUACCUGCAUGAGGCUUCUUUGAAAAGAUGCUGCAAUCUCACUGAUGAAGGAGUCCUUGCUCUUGCACUCAACUGCCGGCUGCUAAAGAUCAUUGAUUUAGGUGGCUGUUUAGGUAUUACUGAUGUGUCCUUACAUGCAUUAGGAGAAAACUGCCCGUUUUUGCAGUGUGUUGAUUUUUCAGCUACUCAGGUAUCUGACGAUGGUGUGAUUGCGCUUGUUAACGGAUCUUGUGCCAAGAAAUUAGAGGAGAUUCAUAUGGGACACUGUGUGAAUCUGACUGAUGAGGCUGUAGAAGCUGUCCUCACUUGCUGUCCUCAGAUACGUAUAUUACUCUUCCACGGAUGCCCCCUAAUAACAGAUCAUUCACGAGAAGUCCUGGAGCAAUUAGUAGGCCCAAACAAACUAAAGCAAGUGACAUGGACUGUUUACUGAUGCCUAUUGAAGCUUUUCAAAGCAAGGAUCUUUAUACUACAUUCCCAGGAAACAAUGGUCUUAGAGAUUGGCUUUCAGAUAAUGUGCUUUUUGCUUUGAAGUUAACAGACCCUUAAACAUU